AUGCUUUCAGCACCGAUUUCUCGCUUCAUGACAGUUUUCUGCACUCGUGAUGUUAAGCCAGGAGGCAUGGAACUUCUCAAAAAGCAUUUUACUGAUAUUAUUCUUCCAUCCAAGCCUAAUGGUAUUCCAAGAGAAGAAUUUAUUGAAAAGGCAAAGAAGGCAGACAUCAUCUAUGCUGAUAGACGUGAUGUCAUUAACAAAGAGAUUCUUGAUAACCCAAAGCUUAAGCUUAUUACAGUUUGCGCUGCUGGUUACGAUAAUAUCGACAUCAAUUACGCAACAAAGAGAAAAAUCAUUGUUGCCAACACACAUAAAUCACUUGCUGAUACAUGUGCAGAUACAAUUUGGUCACUUAUUAUGGCUUGCGCUCGUAGAGUUGUUGAGGCUGAUCAAUUUGUAAAGAAUGGCGACUGGGAAAAGACAUCACCACAAUGCUUAUGGGGUAUUAAUGUCCACCAUAAGACACUUGGCGUCAUUGGUGCAGGACAUAUCGGAAGAGCUGUCGCAAAACGUGGAGAAGGCUUCAAUAUGAAGGUUCUCUUCAACGAUACCGGCCCACAGUAUACACCACUUGAGCAAUUACUCAAGGAAUCCGAUGUUGUCGUCGUCGCUUGCCCAUUAACUGAAAAAACAAGAAAAUUAAUCGGACGCAAAGAAAUUGCAAUGAUGAAGAAGACAGCAAUUCUUGCUAACAUUGGCCGUGGCCCAGUCAUCGAUACAGAAGCUCUUGCCGAUGCUUUGGAACAAAAGCAAAUUUGGGGUGCUGCACUCGAUGUCAUCGAUCCAGAGCCAUUACCACACAACCACCGCAUCCUUAAGAACAAGAACCUUGCUAUCUUCCCACAUAUCGGAUCAGGUACAGCACAAUGCUUCAAUGAAAUGUCAAUUGAAGCUGCUGAAGCAGCCGUUCACUUCCUCCAUGGCGAGAGAGUUCCAAAUGUUACUAAUGUCGAAGUUUACAAUGAGUAA